UACUGGAAAACCUCGUCGGAAGAGGCGGGGAAACGGGAGCUGCUGUCCAUCCGAGAAAGUAAACAAAACCCCUUCUCCCUGGGCCUCCUCCACUUCUUGGGCCCAAGUCGUCUUCGAGCCAGUCGGUGUCGAGCUCCCCGGUCGGUCUGGUCUUAUUCACGUACAAAUGCGCCUCGUCAUCGAUCCAAACUACGUCGGCACCUCGUCCAAAAUGAUGGACGCUUUCUUCAGACACAGGAGGACUAUAUUCCCGAAACGGACGAGCGAGCUUGUCGCACUGAUGGCCGUCUUCACGACUUUCUUCUUGUUCCUACACACAAGGGACUUACAUUCGAAGCUGAAGGAAUUGGAAAUCAAACUGCAACCGGAUAUGAGCUUGAGCGGGCAGCAAGUAUCAGGCGAGAGCGGCUUUUCAGCAGUGAGCAUCAUGAUGAGACAGCUGAAAGACAGCGGAGAGAUCGACAACCUGAGUGCCCAUUCUCUCAACAAUACGGCCAAAGCUGAAAAAGAGCUCGUUUUCUUCAACCGGGUGCCCAAAGUUGGCAGCCAGACGUUCAUGGAACUUCUGAGACACCUGGCAAUGAGGAACGACUUCGGCUUUCACCGAGACCACAUCCAGAGGGUCGAGACCAUCAGACUCGCACCAGCGGAACAGCUCGGAUUAGCAGCCAUGAUCAACAGCUACUCCACACCUUCAGUCUACGUCAAGCACAUUUGCUUCAUAAAUUUCACACAAUACAGCCUUCCCGAGCCGAUUUACGUCAAUCUGGUCCGGGAUCCUGUCGAGAGAGUCAUUUCGUGGUAUUACUACGUCCGGGCGCCCUGGUACUACGUCGAGAGGAAGCAGGCGUUCCCGGACAUCCCGCUGCCGGAUCCGCUUUGGCUGAAGAAGGAUUUCGAAACUUGCGUUCUGAGGGGCGACAGGGAGUGCCAGUACAUCGAGGGCGAGACCAGGGAGGGCAUCGGCGACCACAGGAGGCAGUCGCUCUUCUUCUGCGGACACGGUGACGCUUGCACGCCAUUCAACACCGUUGGAGCAUUGCAAAAGGCGAAAAAAGCUGUCGAGAGGCAUUACGCGGUGGUCGGAGUGCUGGAGGACCUCAACUCGACUCUGACCGUGCUGGAACACUACGUACCGAGGUUUUUCAAAGGAGCUUCAAAAAUUUACAACGAAGAGAUCGAGAGAUUCCAAAGGAUAAACAGAAACUCUUUCAAGCCCGCUGUGAGCGAGGAGGUGAAGGACAUCGUCAGGAGGAAUUUCACGAGGGAAAUCGAAUUUUACCACUUCUGCAGACAGCGGCUACACAGGCAGCUCCUGGCGCUCAAACUUCCCGAAAUCUACCGCUGAAUUAGAAAAGAAACAAAUUUAACGAAAAGUUCCCUAUAUCGAGGAUUAAAGAUUAUAGAUCCUGUCAAUCCUUGUAAAUCCUGUACAUUUUUAUUGUGAUAUUUAUUGUUUUUGAAUAAACUCUGUAAAUAUUUUUAUGUAAUAAUGUGAAUGUUUAUUUUGUUUUGUAAAUAUUUGAAAAAUAGAAAUAUAUAUUUUGGUGAGUGAAUUCGUCCAGUUCGAUUGUGAGAAUUUCCGUGGUGAACCUGAUCAGUUUGAUCUCCCUAACCUAAACACAGUUCAGUGGUUGUCAGGGAUAUAAGCAGGGCAAAGCACAGGCAAGCAGCGCUGAAUCGCUUCAUUCAGAAGAGAAAUCGAAACCCCUCUGAUUAAACUAACAGAAACGACCAAAUUCUUCAAUUUCUCUGCUUGUUUUAUGAAAUUGAAGACCUUUGCAUAACCAAUUCUUC